AUGGCCGCUGGGCUUUUGCAGGCAGCGCAGCUUUUGGCGUCACAUGUGGACGUGGCAACAGACGUCACAAUUCUUCGCGAAGACGGCUUAGUGAAGUUUCUUCACGUGCCCAAGGAUGAGCUCAAGCAGCUUAGGGAAGCCGACAUCGAUACGGCCAACGCAGUAAUGCUCCUCGGGCUCUUCACCUGGAGGCCCGGGUCAGGUGAUGAAGGGCCGCUCAUGUUGGCGCUGGGCCAAGGUCCCGGUGAGCCUGGCGAAAUAGUCGUCAAAGCACGGCCGGCCAGGUUGCUAACACGGGCACCCUGCCAGGAAGCAGCGAUGAGUUUGGACAUCUUGUCCAACGAGCUCCCACUGAGCGAGCAGAUGAAUACGGACUCUGUGGUGAAUUUUAACGAAGACUUCCGCGACAUCGCGGUGCGGCGCUGCGUGAAACUACAACAGCUUACGCAGCGCCUGACGGCAAAUUUGACGUCCGGCCGCGGUGGUGGUUAA